CCAUGAUGCCUUGCAAGUCGUGAGUACGUAGGUGUUUCCGGUGUCGUAUAAGAUUUUACUUCCUUCUGCACAGCUCGAUGCGAACAAACCAAGAAAGAAGACGUCGCAAACUAUCAAAUGUGGCAGCAAACUGUCGGUUGUGUGUCCACGUUUCAUUCUGCGAACCUCUAAAAGUCCCCAGAAUGUGCUGAGCUCAAAUUGAAGAGCGAAGAUUCGUCGGAAACGUUGACCGCGACGUUUAGGCCUCGCUUAGAAAGUUUGGUCGAGGGCCUGUAAACAACAUGUCCUCCGUGUCGCAGCCCUCUUCAAGGCGGCAAUGGUGCUACCUCUGUGACCUGCCCAAGAUGCCCUGGGCCAUGUUGUGGGAGUUCAGUGAAGCAGUGUGCCGGGGAUGCGUCAACUACGACGGCGCGGACAGAAUCGAGCUCCUCAUUGAGACCGCCAGGCAGCUCAAGAGCACCCACGGAGUUUUAGACGGAAGGUCUCCUGGCCCGCAGCAAGGCAAAGCCAGCUCCGCUGGCUCCGUGGAGGCAGGGCGGCCGCAUGGGGAACGUCUAGACCGGGGGAGGGGUGAGUAUGGAGUGUCGUCUCGCCUUCCUAAUGGUCUGCACAGAGCUGAAGAUGGAGCCUUGUCAGAGAGCAGCCGGCAGAGCCCGAACACUCGCAGGGCGAUGGCCGGGUCGAUUCCCAGCCUCCACCGGGCCACAUCACACGCUUUUGGGCUUGCUCAGGGUUUAGUAGCGUCUCAACAUGGGCUCCUAGCACCGAUAUCUGUCUCCAGACCUGGGGCCACUCCUAUUGCGGUCUCGGCUAACCCAAUAAUGAGCGAUGCUGGUCGGAGACAGGCUGUAUCCUUAAGUGUGGGGGCCAGCACAUCCGCCUUGGUGGGCAUCGACCCGGCGGCGUGGAGGAACAGUGAAGUGAUGGCAGAACUCAACGAGGUGGCCCGGAGCAGAGUGGAAGGUUGGCCCAACCGACCCAAAGCUGUCCGGGAUGUUCUCCUGGCUCUCAGUGGCUGUGUUCCGUUUACUGUCCGCUUCAGGAAAGACCACAGUCUGAUGGGACGAGUUCUGGCUUUUGACGUCGGCUCCAUCCCGGAGUUCGAGCUGAAGGUGUUUGUGGAGUAUCCUGCCGGGUCUGGGAUGAUCUUUUCGGGGGUCGCAGACCUGGUCAGGCAGAUGUUCCGUGACGCCGCAAAAGACGCGGGGAAAGCGGUGAACUCUGGGCUGCGCUAUGUGGAGUACGAGAAGCGUCCUGGGACCGGGGACUGGCGGGGGCUGUCAGAACUGUUAAACGAUGGCGUGCGCACGUUUAAAGAACCGCCGAUCCCUGAGGUUCUCCCCCAGCCGGAUGCAGGGAUGCCCAUGAUGGCGGCUGCACGGUCUGGUCCAGCCAAGGGCACAACGCGACGUCGCAAAGCGUCCCCCGGCUCAGAGAACGGCGAGAGCGAAGCAAGACCUGAUCACCCUUCUAGAGAGGUGUGGUCCAGAGGAGCUUACCCGGGAAUCGAGCCACUUCCUGUGCCUACAGACGGCCCACCUCGUUUACAAAGCCAGCCCUCGCCAAUGUCGGCGCUCAUGGGGGUGGCGGACAGCCUGAGCUCCAGCCAGGUGGCCAGAGACAGCCCCGGCAUGUCCACGGGUCACUCGUCCAUCACCGGGCGCACCGCCGCCAGCAGCCCCUCCACCUCCGUCUCUCAGGCCGCCGUGGGCCUGAGCAGCAGCGCCGGUGGGGGCGAGGCGACCGGCGGGAGUCAGGGCGCCCUGCUCUGCUGCACGCUGUGCCGAGAGCGCCUGGAGGACACCCACUUUGUCCAAUGUCCUUCUGUCCCACACCACAAGUUCUGCUUCCCCUGCACCAGAGGCUUCAUCCGCAGUCAAGGCCAAGGAGGAGAGGUCUACUGCCCCAGCGGAGAGCGCUGUCCCCUGGCCGGCUCCACUGUGCCCUGGGCCUUCAUGCAGGGCGAGAUCUCCACCAUUCUGGCCGGGGACGGAGACGUGACGGUCAAGAAGGAGAAUGACCCUUGACCUCCUCCAUGUCUUCAUCCUUGCUGCAAUGUGGACGACGACGUUGACGAUUCCAAAGCACUUCCCUACGUGUCCACCAGACGUCCUCUCUCUGUUUCUGGGGUUAAUCUCCUCUCCGAGGACCACACUGCUGGCCAAAGGACUCAGACUCCGCCUUUCUUCAGGCCUCAUUUUCAAAGCAGACAAUUGAAAGCACACAAUUUUUGUUGACAAUCUAUUUGGUCUUUUGUGUUGUCGUGACGACGACUAAGACAGAUGGACCACGUCGACAACCUUUAAGAUGCUCCUCGGACUAAACUUUGAAUGUUGACAAUGUGGCAGAAACUAGUUUUCUUCUUUAAGCCAAGGAUUGAAUUCCUGUGACCUCACACUACGUCUCCUAAAUUUUAUUCAGUCUUGUCAAAAAUGUGAAUUUCCUUUCAUUACGAUUGUGUGAUUUCUAUUUUUGAUACAAUUCCAGUUUGUUCAUAUUAUUGAGAAGACCAAAGAUGGCUUCAUACUUUGUCAUUUUUGUCAAUGCUAUAUUCACUGAUAACCUUGCUAUCACCAGGUAAGAUUCUUGUUAUAAAAUACCUUUUGAAAUAUGUAUACAUACAAAUAAUUAGCAACACACUCUUCAAUGUUUAACCAUUUGUGAUCUUCACAGGUCAGUUUCCAGUUAUGCUUAAAAAAAUGGUCUCAGAAAUAUAAAUAGAUGCUCAAACAUUCUUUUUUUUUUAAUCAAGAUUUAUUCAAUAAAACACCAAAACGAACCCAACAACACAUAUCGAAUACUUAAUUGCUACAUGUGCAUAAUAUAUACCCGACAUUAAAUGUAUGUUUUGUAAAGUAUGACUUUUGAUUACAUGUCACGUGACUUUUUCUCCGCGGAUGCUAAGGUAAAAAAUAUAUAUAUAUAGACACUACUCGUACAAAAAUAUAUAUAGUUCAGUCCUGUCUUUAUCUCUCAUUUUUAAAUUGCAGCCGCUCAAGAUUGUCCGACCCGUUUGCGCAUGCGUGUACUGUUGCAAAUGAGAAUCUUUAAUUUACUGCCACGCUCCCAGUUUUACGGCUUUGGGUCAUAGCGCAUGAGCAUCCACACUGCAGUAUUUGGAUAGCAAACUUUUACCAAAAAGGCAAAAAGAAGUCAAGCAUAUUUUCAUGACGAUGUCACUCGGGAGUCAAAGCAAAGCUUAAAAUUUGAAUAAUGAACAAUGUUGAUGAAUAAGUCAAUGUAAUUGUUAAAAGUGCAGCUGUCCAUAACUGCUGUUUAAAAACUAUUAAUCGGUAUUUUGGAAGAACUGCCGUUAAGGAAGGAUAGAGCGGCACUUAGGCGCAUGCGCAUACGGAUUGGGUAUCUGAGUGAAUCGGGCAGUAGGAGGAGCGUAUAGGUGCAACAUCCGCAUACCGACAGCCUGACACUGCCUACUUCUUACAGUGAGUGCACUUGUACGAUCAAAAUGCCUAGUGUUAAAGCUGCCGACACUCAUUUCCUAAGGACAUUGCUGUAUUUAGCUCUUCUUUUCCCGGUCAUACCUGUGAACAUGUACAUCAUUUAUUUUAUGACAUAAAAGCCUUCGGUAAUGAAAAUAUUUACAGGAGGUCUGCCAAGUGCCUUCUCACUUUCCGGUCUGGUUAGGAAAAACUUGACAAAUAUCGGCGUAUCACAUCCGGAGUUAGGUUUUCAAAAUAAAAUCACACAAAUGAAAGGGCAAAUUUUUCCCUGAUAGGUGCCCACCCGAAAUAAGUGCUCAGGGGGUGUGUGCGCAUGCGCGCGCCUGCGCAAUCCACAGAUGCGCCGAGCAGUUAUUUUGGCAGGACGGCGUCAUUGUCAAACCAACGUGUGUGUAGCGAGAGAGAGACCGUCCACUAUUUUUAAAAGCUUAACUCACCAAAAUUAGAUUUUAUUUGUUUCAUCCUGCCGUUUCUCCAUAUUUAACAGCCUAAGACAAUAUAUAUCACAGUAACUUUGGUAUGAUACGGUUUUUCUUUUCGCUAACAAAAUCAGCAAAUCCACAGGGGCAAUUAUUUGGCAAGCCGUCCCAUACGCACUGUAUAUAAUAGGGUGGGCAUAUUUCGCAUUCAAGGCGCUAAAUAUAUGCCCCGACACGCUUGGGCACUUAUUUCGCAGCGAGCACUUAUUUCGCUUGACACAGGGAUAUGUUGCUAAUUUUCAGAUAGAAAUGUUGGCAGGUGUGACAUAAAAUACAGACUACGAGAGGAAACUACUCGAAAUAAUUGUGUAAAUGUGCACAAUUAACUACUGUAUAUUUAUCACACACACAAACACAAGCUAAUAUGUUUUAUGAGCACAAUCAUUUGUACAUAAAUGGUAAAAAGCAAAACAAUAUCUAUAUUUGCUAUCUUAAAUGCGGGGGUCGCCAGUAGUGGGUGCCAGACGUGUCCUGAGACAUCAAGUCACUCAGAUGGGACAUCCGCCGUUUCCCAGCGCUUCCUUGGCUCCUUUCAAGGUUUCUCUCUUCACACACUUCCAGUAGCCAGAGAAGCCAUUCUGUGGAUGCACCUGCACAUGUUUAUCAUACAAAAUAAAGCUGGAAUACUUGAAGCAAUGCAACCGUGACUAGCAGAGUGACAUUAUUGUGAAUACCUGUAGGACAUAGUUGAAGUACAUAGUGUGUACCUGUAUGUGCAAGUAGGGUACAGUUGAAGUACAUGGACAAAAAUCCUUCAUCAAGCGUCCUAUUCAAUUAAUACAUCACAGGUGUCCCAUCAAGGGCUGACUAUGGAAAAUAAGGGUGUGGCAGCCAUUAGGUAUAUUUUAUUUUGUAAAAAAAAAAAAAAAAAAGAGGCUAAAACUAUGUAUUAAAUUUGAAAAAAAGCUUGUAUGGCAGCUUUGUAUUGCAUUUCCCCAGGAAGAACAAGUGUCCCCAAACAGGAGACUUUGACAACGAAAGAAGGUUUUCAAGCCAUGGCUUCUCUUUGUCCUUAUAGAUAGCAAUGACUCCUGCCAACCGAAACUUGGCUGCAGUGUAUUUAUUUACGGAGUAAAUGCUAUAAACACUUCCUUUGGAUGUGUACCAAGUGGGAAUUCCAAAAGUUCUGUACCUGAAAUGUUUAUCCUGAAAACAUGUUCUCAUUACCUUCCACAUUAAGUUUUUAUUUUUUUCUGGUAAUAUUAGAAUAUGCCACGACCUAACAACACAUGAGAUGCACUUCGGAUCACUUCUGAGCCACAUUGUAGCUUCUCAUGAAUACCAAUUUCUGCAUCUGCGGACAUUGCGUUAUCGCUCAGCAACAAAGACAUCAAUCAAACACAGCGAUUAUCACCUACCUUGAGGCCCCGCAACACUCGAUCUUUCAUCACGCCAAUGAACUCCUUGUGGCUCAGACAGUUGUCCCCGUCCAUGUCGAAGAGUUUAAAGACCGUGUCCAACACGUUCUCUGACAGGUCAUGACCUGUGGCGAUCCUUACGGCCCGCUUGAACUGGGCUACAUUCAGAGGAUGACAAAAAUGUCUAAGGAGACGGUUGGGAGGGAUUUUGUGUAAUGGAGCUUAAAUUGAGAUCUUUACCCAUUCCCACGGGACGGUUGGCUUCACUGACCAUCUUCAUGGAAAUUGCAAAGUCCUCCAGAUUGUUUGUGAACAGGCAGAAGGCUUUGAACUCCUCAAAUGUGAUGCUCUGUGAAUGAUGUUACACUUUGGUGAGUAAAAAUACCU